AUGGGUGACGUGGUGACGACCAAAGACGUGGUGACGACCAAAUUGGAUGAAGUAACAUUAGCUCACGACAACAAACUUAUAAGAAUAGAAGCUGAGGUAUGUAAAGUACGAUCUAAUUACGAAAGGAAAAUUGAAAAUUUAAAUAAUAAAUGUCAUGAUUUAUUACUGAAACUUGAAUGUAACAAAGCACUCGAAGAUAAAGUAAAUAAACUUGAAGUUUUGGUCGGCAAUCUUAAAGCAGACAUACAGGAUCUACGAAAUGAGAAUGGUUUGUUCAAAUCGAAGCCACGGUUGUUUAAAAACUCUACGCCUAAAGUACAACAAAAAAACACCGGGAACAAUGACCUAUACUUAAUUAAUACAAUUAACAUUCCUGAUGAACCGAUAACUAUUGUUGAGCAACAACCCCAGGAUUUAAACAAAAAUUUAGAGUUAAACACCUCUCUCUUAGUUGGCAAUAAGACUUCUCGGGCCGACAAAGGAUCGGUGUACAAUCCUCAGAUGAAUUCAGUUAUUGAAUGUAUCGAGGCAAGAAAUCAACCUAGAACCGAUCCACCGAAAGGGCCACAUACGAGCAAAGCUACCAAACGUAAUUCCGCUAUUUCUAGCAAACCUUUGCCCAAGCACUUAGUACCUUGCCCAUUUCUAAGACGGAGAGGCUUUUGCCUAAAGGGUCCCUUGUGUGACUUCCAGCACAAAAAUUCUCAAUCGUCCAAUAAUCCGCUGAAUAACCCGUCCUAUUGUUCGUCCAAUAAUCGACCAAGAGUGUCUAAUAACCUACAGCGAUACCCUCAUAACUUGGGCUAUACAUCUUAUCCAAAUAUAUCACAACCUAUUACUAAUCAUUUUCCUUUUCCUGUGAGUUCAAGCCAUUUCCCCCCGUUUCAACCUCCACAGUAUCAUCCCAUGCUUCGACCAUAUGUAUACCCACCACCUCUGUUGACAUCAAUAUAACCCCUUUACGGCCCCCUGUCGUGCUCCCCUCAGCACCACCUACAAUAACGUUUCCUAGUAUGCCCUUGAGUGUUCUAAAUCGUCCUCGAAAAGUGAAAAGCAACAUUUCAAAUCAAAAACAUUGUGUAAAUAGAAAUAAUCUGAUACAGAUUCAAACCAAGAGAGCCAUUCCUGGGACUCAGGCACAUAACCGCUUACCAACCUUUAGCUGUUUACCAACAUCCUUUCACUCCAACGUAAGAUCCUUAAAUGCUAAGAUUGAUGAUUUGCAAACUGUCACCCAACAAAAUAACGUAGAUGUAAUCGCCAUAACAGAAACUUGGUUAAAUUCUAGAAUCACCGAUGAUCCAAUAUCCCUCCCAGGCUACUCUAUUGUUCGAAAUGAUCGUGAAAAUGGCAAACGGGGCGGAGGAGUGUGCGCUUUUAUUAAGUCCAAUAUACCCUUUUCCACCCUUCCUAAUUUUAGUGUCCCCGACGUCGAAGGUGUGUGGUUAAAACUCAGACCUUACCGACUACCUCGCGAACUAUCCUGCAUCUUUGUUGGCGUGAUUUACCAUCCACCACUAGCAGACAACAAUAUCCUGCAAGAUUACCUUAUUUCCACGGUAGAUAAAUUAUUAUUAGAGCAUCCUAACGCAGGAAUUAUGAUAUUGGGUGAUUUUAAUCAUUUUGACUACAAAACAUUAUGCCGCCAUUCCUUCUUGAAACAAACUGUUAAGAAACCUACCAGGCAAUCAGCCAUUUUAGAUUUGAUCUUAACCAAUAUGCACAAGUGGUACCACGAACCUGAAAUCUUACCAGCAAUUGGCUUGUCUGACCACCUGUCCGUUCUUGCUACUCCUGCUGUUCAAGCUUAA